UUAGCGUCAAUAGUGGCUCAAAUAGAGGAAUGCAGGGGCGCAUUCUAUUGAUUCUGCUUUAGUCAAGGGGUCACGCGACACUAGACGCUCCCAGACCAAUAUUUAAUAGCCCUGAUGAGGAAAAGAAAAGAAAGACCAUUUCUGUCGGGGAAGGGUUGGGCAAGACGUCAAUCAACUUGGCUCAAAACUUGGCUCACCGCUGGAAAGCUGGUGCGGGACGGUUGACUUCUCUUGUCGAAUCUACGUUCCUCCUGUCGACAUGAUCACGAACCUCCGCAUCUUGAGCCGCCGCUGGGUUGGCGCUCUUGUCACCCGCUGCGCCAACUAUCGCUUCCUUCAUGCCAUCGCAGCCGUGUCGGUCGUCAGCGCCAAGGCUGCUCACAUCUACGCCCAUAUUGAUGCGCUGGGGAUAGACCCGGUGCUGCACUGGGGGCUGUCAUUCUUCGCCCAGGAUGUCGCGCUGCUCAUGUUCCUACGCCUCGCCGGCACAGCCUCUGUUGGUUCUGUUCCUUGGCUGGGGUCCGUUGCUUCGACCGUGGUCUUGGUCACGGUGGUAUUCGUUCUGGCGCUGGCGAGCUUCGACAUCUCCUUCUUCAUCGUUGCGGGCUCUGAACUUCAUUGGCGCAACAUCGGUUUUGCCGGCGACGCGUCGUCCCUGAAGCUGCUGCUGGCCGGGUUGAUGUCGUGCUUGCUGGUAUUUGCUGCUAUACUCGUCACAAGCAGCGUUGUGCAGGAACUCAGCUAUGCCGCGAUGAGCAUUGCCUUGGACAUUGUUAAAUGGCCCUUCGUCCUCCUUUGGAACUCGUCUCCGAUACGACGCUGCCUGCCGCCUACAGCCCAGUACGCUCAUCUCUUACAGCAGGACGCCGAACUCGCCGGGGAGUCUGCCAUUGAGGACGAAGAGAAACCUCGUCUAAACCAGAGUGGCAGGCUGCUGGAAAGGAAGUGGGGACUUCUUUCGUAUGCAAUGGUUGGAGCUUCAUUGAUAGCCAUGACCUUUGAGUCCAUUGCUCGACCCGAAGAUAGCGCAUUUGCAUUCAUGUCAUGGACGCUACCUUUGCUCCCCUUUGUGGACUUUGCAAACUCGUCGCCCAAUCUCGCCAGUAUGACCCCAGUGUACGGAGACUGCAUCAACUACACCUGGGAUAAUCUCACGGCGCUGGACGAGCCGAUCUCUCUCCCCUGGCUCCCUGCGGACAGACCACUCCCGGGAUUCGAGGACUGGUACGAAAAGAAGAAGCAUUACAGCGCUACAGCGGACCCCAUGAGAAUCUCUAACUGGGAGAACGACCUGCUCCCCGAUCUCCGCGGCAAGCUUCGCGACGUCAAAAUCCGACAUGUGAUGAUUGUUAAACUCGAGGGCACCAGGAAAGACGUCUUCCCGAUCAAAAAGCACGAUUUCGUUUGGAAUCAACUGGCCAAAUCGCUCAAAAACAAAACGAUGCUGUUGCAAGCGCAAGAAAAGCUGGCAACGCUUGUUCCGACCGCCAACUUGCUCACGGGCGACUACAACGAUGGCUUCCCACACCUAGAGCAGAAACCACGUGGUGGCAUCAACUUCAACAAUGCUCUCACCACGGCGAGCUAUACGCUGAAGAGCCUCACAGGAACGCUAUGCGGACUGAGUCCGCUCGUCGUCGACUUCAACGUGGAGAUUCACCAUCACAUCUACCAGCCAUGCUUGCCGCACAUAUUGGAGGCUUUCAACCAGCUUGACCACGGUAGUGACGGCUCCAUGGACGGCUUUUCCUCGUUCAAGUGGUCAUCCUCUUUUAUGCAGUCCGUCACAGGCCUGUUUGACAAGCAAGACGUUCAGAUGCCGCUGCUGGGGUUUCCCGAGGGCAACAUCAUCACAGAGCAGUAUCUAACCGGGCCGGAACCCAAGUUUGGCCCUGUUGUUCGACCCCAAUCUGGUGGCGGCCUGUCCGAGUUCACGUUGGAAGAGUACAUCCGGGAUACCUUCGCGACGGCCAAACAGAAGAAUGAAAGGGUAUUUCUAACGCACUUGACGGGUACCACGCACCACCCCUUCAAGAUACCGAGCGACGAGGAGAUAGCACGCCUAGCGGAAGGCGACGAAUCAACCGUGCUGUCCAAGUACCUGGACACGAUAGGCUACGUCGACGGCUGGCUGGCCAAGCUGCUGGACAUUCUGGAGGACGAGGGCGUCGCCGAUGAGACUCUGCUGGUCUUUGUUGGCGACCACGGUCUCUGUGUUGCAGAGAGCAACUGCAUCACGCCGUACUACGCCCCCGGCGUCGCAAACCUGCACGUUCCCCUGGUCUUCUCGCACCCGAAGCUGCCAGUAAUCGACGUCGAAGACGCUGUCACAUCACACCAGAUCCUUCCCACCAUCCUGGACCUGCUCGUCGAGACCGACUCGCUGUCGGCGAGCGAGAGUCAGGCGGCGCAGGACCUGAUGCGUAACUACGAGGGGCAGUCUCUCCUGCGGCCCGCCAGCGACUUCUCGCUGGUGACGGGCCAGCCCAACUGGCAGUUCACCGUCAUGAACCCCGGCCGCGCCAUGCUCAGCGUGCGGGACGCUCACCAGCCGAACCUACGCGUCGUGGUCCCCAUCGUGCACGACAUCGAGUGGCGCUUCAGCAACCUGACGCGGGAUCCGCAUGAACAGGCCACGGUCGUUGCGUUUGACUUCAGGCAGUUCCUGGGCAAGGUCGAGCGCGAGCACAGUGCCGAGGCGGCGGCGUGGGUAGAGAAGGCGGCGUUUAUGAGUCGAUGGUGGGUUGAGGAGAAUCGACGGCGCUGGCGGUUUGAUGAGGACCUGGAUUAUACGCCACCUGUUUGAUGACGGCUGAUGACGAUUGAUGACGGUUGGCGAUGAUGGUAUUGAACUUCAGGGUAAUUAUUAGAACACACAAAGUAGUAAUUUCACACCUAAUGUAGUAUAUAAACUUCUGAAAUAAGUCAGAAUUAGUCUUAAUUCCUAGUCAACGCUCUAAAA